CUGUAGACAGCCCUCUUUAGUUUGAUUAGUUAACUCUAAAGAUGUCUGAACAAGUGAACACAGAAUAUGACUUGGAAAGUUGGAAUAGUUGAUGCUGUGUAUACCGGCAUUACAUAAAUUCACUUGAAGAAUGGAAAAAUUUACAAUGCCCGGCAAAAAGACAAAAAAGCUGACUGAUUUGAAGACCCAGGAGAGUUGUUUUGUUUAAUUUUUAUUUUUUAAAUUGUGAGUUGACUUUUUUUGCUCUGAUUUGCAUUUUCAACAAUAUACUUCCUAAGGAGCUUUUUUAAUGUUCCCAGUUUCUUUUUGAGAUAAAUGGAAAUGUUUAUUGUUGUUUUAUUGUUGUAUCUUUUCGGAAGCAACUGUGUGUGCUCCGUAUGAUUUCUUUCCCAUUGCAUAAUUGUGUGCGCUCCAUAUGAUUUCUCUCCCAUUGUCUAAAUCAAUGCUACACAAACAACCUCUCUGUGUUUGCAGGGAUAUGGCUGCUGCCUACAUCUUAAUUCCCUGACCCAUGGUGUUAGAAUUACAUUGAACUUGUUGCAUAAAUUUCAAUCACACAAUUUCACCUUUUUUAAAACUCCUUGUGUAAAGUCAAAUUUGGAGCAUACCGAAGGGUUUGAAGCAAUUUUUUUUCUCUGAAAUUUGUACUCCGUGAUAUAAAUAAGAGUACAUUACUUUUUCUAACAAUAAAAACACUUCUCAUCCCUGUGCGAGGAACUUCCGCCGUCGCUGUGGUCGUCGGCCAGGGAUUGUUACGAGGCGGCCGUUGGUGUUGCAGUUGCACAAAACCAAAGAUGGGCUGGAGGAGUAUGCAGAGUUCGCUCAUUUGCCAAGAGGACAGUUAGUUCACUGAGUUCUGUAUAUGAAUUACUCGCGCGAGGGAGGCUUAAUUUAUUAAGGUUCUGUUUACGUCUAUCUCAUUUGCUGACCCGUUCCUCAUGGCCUUGCUACAUUGACAGUGGUGAACUUAACAGUAAUUGAUUUGCCUGGUUUGACAAAGUUGGCUGUUGAAGGACAGCCAGAAAGUAUAGUCGAAGAAACUGAAGACAUGGCCCGGACCUAUUUCCAGAAGAGUUUCCCGGAGCUAAGACUGAAAAAACGGAUUGCAUCGAAAUGAGCUGGAUCCCAUCUGUCCUGUUCAUCGCCGGCUUUCGGCUGCACACUCCGACGAACACUCUCCAGGCCGGAAAACCCCCUUUCAAGAAUCAAGAACCACUUCAAAGCCAAAUCCGACUUCGUGAAAACCCCCAUCCCGGAAACAGGUCUGACCGGGCUAUGGGACCUUCUCCUGAAGGAAGACAACCCGAUGAUGAUACUCAACCCGUACGGCGGCAAGAUGGAGACGAUCCCGGAAUCCGCCACGCCGUUCCCGCACAGACGCGGCAACAUUUUCAUGAUCCAGUACCUGACCCUCUGGAGCGAGGACGACGUCACGGUGGCGGCGAAGCACGGCGUAUGGAUCGGAAAGUUGUACGAUUACAUGGAGCCGUACGUGUCGAGUUCUCCGAGGGAGGGAGGCGUAUGUGAACUACAUGGGCACGAACAAGAAUCAUGGGAAUGUUAAGUUAGUUCGUGCAAGCGAGUUCUUGGCCGGGGAACCCUUUAUUUCAAGGGCAACUUCCGGAGAUUGGCGCAGGCGAAGAAGAUGAUCGACCCCAACAACUUUUUCCGGCAUGAACAGAGUAUACCGGCAAUUUAACAAUCUCCGGCGGCGUCGAUGUGUACGCAGGAAGCUUCUAUGAUUCUAUCUUAUCAGAUGUUAUGUGGUCUAAAUCUCACCUGUACUGUAGCAUUUAAAAUGGGCGGGAACACUUUAGAAAAACAUAUCCUAUCAUUAUACUACCUCCGUCCCGUGAAACAUUUCCCCUUUCUUUUUUUAUCCGUCCCACAAAACACUUCUCAUUUCUAUUAAAAAGUCACUUUUACCCUUUACUUUUUCAUACCCUAACUAUCACAUCAUACCUUUUUACUAAUAAUCUAUCCAUCAAAUCAUACUUUUACCCAUCACAUCAAAGGACAUUUUUGGAAAUUCAAUACCAAAAUACACUCCAUUAAAUUCCUCCUAAAAAGCAAAUGUCCCAUGUUUCACGGGACGGAGGUAGUAUAUAGUAACAUGAGGUACGCAAGGAAGUACGUGCCUCAAGUAUGUGAUCAGAAGUUAUCCAAACUCCUCUCUUGGGGGACUUUGACAAGGGCAUUGAAGCAUGCGUGAUUUGAUCUUUUAAGUUGUCUGUGUGUUGUUCUUAGGUGUCAGGAUGUCACUAUUUGAAACCCUUUCUGUAACAUUAAGCUGUCCAUCUUUAUUUCCAGCCUGAUUGUUUCAUAUGCUUACCAUGGAGUUUGAAACAAAUAAUUUAUCUUAUACCAU